GCAGCGCGCAGGCCCGGCAGCGGCAGCGCUCCGGCCGCCCCUUCUCUCCUCUGCCACGUACGGGUGGCUGUGGUCGAGUCCGGGCUCGGAACGCGUCUGGGCCUCCACCGCCGGGACCACGCGGGAGCCAGACUUUCCCAAGCUGAGCAGGAAGAAGAGAGCUGGGAAGACCACUUUCAUAGGGCUUCCUGUUUUCUGCCACUGACAGUGCAUGGCGGCUUAUCCUAACUCUGUCCUGAAGUGAGGUGGGAAAUUUGACCAAUAACCAGCAUCAGUAAAACAGACAAGGUCUGGAGGUGACAAAGAAUCCACCAUGAAUGGACAGCUGGACUUAAGUGGGAAGCUGAUCAUAAAAGCUCAGCUUGGUGAAGACAUUAGGAGAAUUCCUAUCCAUAAUGAGGAUAUCACCUAUGAUGAGUUAGUAUUAAUGAUGCAAAGAGUUUUUAGAGGAAAACUUCUGAGCAACGAUGAAGUCACAAUAAAAUAUAAAGAUGAAGAUGGAGAUCUUAUAACAAUUUUUGAUAGCUCAGAUCUUUCCUUUGCAAUUCAGUGCAGCAGGAUACUCAAGCUGACGUUGUUUGUUAACGGACAGCCGAGACCCCUAGAAUCCAAUCAGGUGAAAUACCUGCGUCGAGAGCUGAUAGAACUUCGCAAUAAAGUCAAUCGCUUACUGGACUGUUUAGAGCCACCCACUGAACCAGGGGUUUCCACCAACCUGCCUGAAAGUGAUGCUGUGGAUGGUAGGGAAGAAAAGCCUGCUGCUGCUGACUCUAAUGUUAAGCCAUCCACUCAAGUUAUAGCAGCAAGCAUGUCUGCAUUCGAUCCACUAAAGAAUCAGGAUGAAAUCAGCAAGAAUGUCAUGUCAGCAUUUGGCUUGACAGAUGAUCAGGUGUCAGGCCCACCCAGUGCCCCUGCAGAAGAACGAUCGGGAACACCAGACAGCAUCGCUUCCUCCUCUUCUGCAGCUCACCCCCCUGGCGUGCAGCCCCAGCAGGCACCGUACCCGGGAGCACAGCAACAGACAGGUCAGCAGGUGGAAGGCCAGAUGUACCAGCAGUACCAGCAGCCGGGUUACCCUGCCCAGCAGCCACAGGCGCAGCCCCAGCAGCAGUACGGUGUGCAGUACCCAGCCGGCUACAGCCCGCAGCAGGCCGCCUCUCAGCCGGCGCAGCAGUUCCCAGCCUACAGCCAGCAACCGGCCCCAGCCGCCGCCUUUCCAGGGCAGGGCCAGGCCCAGCAGCUGCCGGCACAGCAGCCUCAGCAGUACCCGGCAGGCAGCUUCCCCCCACAGCCCUACACCACGCAGGCCUCGCAGCCGGCUCCAUACAGCGGCCCACCUGGCGCCCAGGCAGCGCCCGGCACAUUCCAGCCACGGCCCGGCUUCACCCCGCCACCUGGCAGCACCAUGACGCCACCACCCACCGGGCCCAACCCGUACGCCCGCACCCGGCCGCCUUUUGGGCCCCAGGGCUACGCGCAGCCCGGGCCUGGCUACCGGUAAGGGCCGAGUGCCCGAUGCUGGCUGCUGCGGCCUGACAGCUGUCCCCACUCAGAUCUGGAGCUGUCCUGAGGCAGAAGAGUCGCCGUAAGUGUUCAUUAGUUCUGCGGGGGGAGGGAAGGAGCGACCGAGCCGUUCAUGCUUUGAAUUGUAUCCGCUUCCUAGUUUAAUUUGGGGCUGGGGUGGUUUGGGAACACUACCUACGUGUCUGUCAAGUGAUCGAUUGACAUCCUAGCUUGCCUCGUUUGAAGGAUAUUAAAAUGCUAGCUGGAAGUUUAGCCCACUAAUAACAUGAUUUACUAAAUUAGAUUAAUUUGGAGGUAAAAACUAGAUAUGAUGUAUUAUAAAUUGUAAUGCUCACAUGGAAAGCUAAUAAAAAAAACCCUGAAUCUGUUA